AUGGAAACGAAGAAAGAGAUUCCUAUCUACCUUGAUCUACAGGGCAACUACCAUCCGACAAUAUUUGAUCUAUCAGGCAAAGCACCUUUCGAAUUAUAUCUGCAAGUCCGCAGAAGCGUUACAUCCGAGUCGGAUCCUAGGGACAUGGUCAUUCGCCGCAACGGUUCCGUCUUUGAUCUCCCGGCUGCACUGGACAAAGGUCUCUUGGAAUUGAUUGACGAAGACACCAAGACAGCCAUCUGCCGCCCCGAAUCCAGGGAACGAGACGAGCACUAUCAGGAUGAUUCACCAAGUCAGACUUUGGAGUCGCUUAUAAAGCUGCCAACAGAUUUCCGAGGAAGAGGUCGCCCGACUCAGAGUGUGCCGCUUGGAGCAGCUACGGUCUUGCGCCCAAUGGUUCAGCCUGGACAUCGAUAUACGCUGAAAACAAAAAGCAAUGAUCUUGGUGUCCAAUGGUGGACUUGGAGGAGUUCAUCACAAACACAAGAAGAUGUAGACAUAUCUGCGUCACCUGAGCCCACAAGCCUCGUCUCGCACCGGUCAGCAUGGUCCAGGUCGUUUCGAGUGGUAUCUGAGCUGGAAAUGCCACCCAGGUUGACUAUCAAGUUGGCACUGGCGAAAGAAGACCAUGCGACCGACGACCAAAACUCUUCCGGAUCCAGCAAGCUGCCGGCGCCUAUUCAGAUAACCAUCACCAACACCCAUGAUCGGCCCAUAACCGUAAAGACAACCGGCGAUCAGCAUCAUCUCCAGCCGCGCGGCGAGAUUGCCAACCCAAGGUCGCGCGUGACGGCCACUAAUCCAGACGUGAGAAAUUUCUCCAUCAUCGAUCCAGAAACCCAAGAGGACUUCAUCAGCGAUGCGCCUACUUUUAUAUCAACCACCAGCGGAGGCGGCAAACUUUUACGCAAGCAGCUCCUUACCAUUGCACCUCAAGAGCAGAUCAUUCGGACUGCCAGGCUUCUCGGGCGGGGUCUCACUGCUGGAAAGGAUUAUCGCAUUAGCCUGAGGCCAGCGGGCUGUUGGUGGGCGUUUGGGACACUCGACGACUUGUUUGGUGACGAGGAUUCUACCUCGAUGAAGUGGCCCUCGGGGCCAUUGCUGCUACCCAUGCCCCUGGAAAGUGACGAUGUAGUGGUAUUUCGUGCCUGCGAUUGA